GCUGCUUAUAAAGCAUCGUUCGUGUUGGAUAGGUACAAAGAGACUCUAUAUAAAGGUCGAGAUACAUAGCCUGUUCAAUCGACGUGACCCGACGUAUGGAUAAUUCAGUAUCACACGAAAGUGCGCCUAACACAGCACAUACCGACACUAUGAGAGAUCCAAACAGUAGCAAGGACGUGCACGCAUCUCAAAACAGUCAAGACGAUACGUCUGUUAAGCUGAAGAGUGUACACACCGCCAAAAUUCUCUCAACUAAAGGUGAUGACAUAGGCUCGCAAUUGAAAACAAGUGACGACUCACAUGCCGAUGCGAAUGUAGAAAAAACUAAACUCACUAUCAAUGCAUCCAACGGUCACAAUACUAUAAACGGUAUCAUUGGGGAUAAAUAUAAGUAUGUGUGUAUGCUAAUUAUAUUGCGAGGUUUACAGGCCUGGAGUCUGAGCACCGCCUUUGCGCCUGACGAGUGGUAUCAGGCACUGGAGAUAGCACAUGUCAUUGUGUACGGUAGAGGCUACCUCACAUGGGAAUGGAUUUCGCAUAUAAGAGGGUUUGCACAUCCGUAUAUGUAUGUGCCUGUAUUCUACACCCUCAAGUUGCUGCGUAUAGAUACGCCCAGUAUGCUGGUGGUGAUACCGCGAGUGCUGCAGGGGAUGCUGGAGGGUGUGUGUGAGCUGGCUCUGUAUAGGCUGGCGUAUCGUACGUUUGGGCGUGAGGCUGCGCGGAUGACGCUGUUCUGCUCACUGCUGAGCUGGUCUAUGUGGUACCUGAGCGGUCGCACGCUGUCGAACUCUGUGGAGAUGAUCUUCACAACCGUGGCACUCGAUCUCUGGCAUUGGCCUGGCAUUGAUGUGAAGCCAGAUGAUAGGCGUUCCUUUAAAGGCGCGCUCUUUUGGGCGGCCUGUUCGUGCGUGGUGAGACCGACCAGUGCAUUACUAUGGGCUGCCCUGGGGCUCUAUCAGCUGUGGUACACCGACCAUCGGCUUGCGCUCCUAGGCGAUGUUCUUUGCAUUGGCGUUCCUAUUUUCACGCUCUCCGUGGGCCUAGAUUCCUACAUGUACGGCCAGUUGGUGAUUGUGCCGUGGGAGUUCGUCAAAGAAAACGUUUUGAAUGGUGUGGCUGGCUUCUACGGGACCAAUCAGAGCCAUUGGUACCUAUCGUCUGCCAUGCCCACUCUUCUGGCCGCCUAUCUGCCCCUGUUCGUCUUAGGAGCUUGGUCGGCUUGGACGACACAUCGAAGGGGUCCACUUCUCUGUAUAGCGUGGGUGGUGCUGGUGCAUAGUCUCCUGGAGCACAAGGAGUUCCGCUUUAUAGUCCCAAUGUUGCCGCUGAUGCAUAUGCACUGUGGCGUGGGUCUACAGACUAUACGCGAGUACCUCUUGCCACCAGCAAUCACCGCCACGGUGACAUAUUCUGCAACAGAGACAAGUGCACGCGAUGCCACAGCCACGGGUGGUACAAGCAACGCAAAGGAGGUUGCUUUGCGAAGGCUUGUGCAGAGUGAACACACACGGGUACACACAUACGAAAAACCAGCUCAAGCAACGCCAGACUCGAAGCGGCUGAGUAGGGGAGCUAAGGCCAGGAAUGUCAGACUCUACCAGUGUUUAUAUUGGGCCCUGGUGGUUACUAUGGCAACCAGUCAACUUCUCGCAGGGUUAUACUUUACACAGGUGCAUCAGAGGGGCACUGUUGAUGUACUCACUACUCUCAGAACGGAGUUUGAGGCGUGGGGAGCAAAGCAGAGUGGCACGUACGCACAGUCAAGUGGUGAACCUCAAACGCUCUAUGCCACAUGUGAGAGUGCUCGAACAAGCCAUUACGGCGGUGAUGAACAAUUGGUGGACACGGGCGAGGGUGUGUGCGCGGGUGCUUUGGAUUCAGCUGAUGUGGUGCGUGAUGUAGAGGAGAGCGCGGGAGCUACUCGGGAUAGAAGGCACGAGAAGAGUGCGUAUGCGUGUGAUCGGGCACACGUGCGCAUACACGUGUGGGCUCCCUGCCAUUCUACACCCUACUUCAGUCAUAUGCACUACGACGCUGCGAUGCGUUUUUUGACAUGCCCACCAUACACUGCGUUUGUGGAUAUGACCGCCGCGGCGAACUUGAAGACAGAUACGGGUAGUAGAGAUGGUUUCAUAUCUGAGAAAACCAAGUCCAUUACUGCUGAAAACUAUGUGGAUGAGGCAGACAGAUUUUACGCUGACCCGGUAGCCUUCAUCGAGGAACACUAUGGCCCACGACAUGGCAAACUUGAUCUAUAUAAUCUUGAGAUCAAAUGCAAUGAUCAGGGCAGGAACAUGACAAUAGAUCGUGCCCACUCGACCGAUUUUGCCCAUGUGUGUCUUGCUGAGCCAGACAUGUGGGGUGGGUGGCCCACUCACAUUGUCAUGUUCGACGCCCUGUUGCCGCAAGUGGCGAAAGUACUAGAAGCUCAGGACUACGAACUGGCACACAGCCUAUUUCAUACGCACAUACCGGACGGGCGAGUAGGAGAGCAAGUGCUGAUAUUCCGAAAGACCUCUCUUCGUCAUUGCCUAGACACAUGACUGAUUUGGGCCUCAAACAUGCUUGAUAUACAGCACAUACUACGAUAUAUCUUGAGUUUUAAUCUACGGGCUUAUCGAAUGGAGGGCACAGCUAAUGUGGCUGUUAAUACAGUUAACACAUUAUGCAAAGUAGCCAUAUGCACAGCAUUGCGAAAUAUACAUAUGUAUUUCCUGAUUUUUUUUUAAUUCUUUCGGCCCAAGUCUACAAAACUACUAGUCAUCGACUACAGAGAUGUUUGACUUCGUCGAACCUAGGCUGUACGCCAAACACCCCUGGCAAAAAUUUCCUCAUUGAGUGUAUACUCACAUUCAUACACAAAACAAUGAAAGACUUACACAUAGGGCCGGAAGCAUUCUUCUGUUUGAUGUCGUAUGGAAUUCGGUCCAGAUAUAAAAUCACACAGCGCAAGUGAACGAGAAAUUUUUUCCUCUCUACAUAAUUGCACUUUUAUAUCGAUGAAAAUAAUAAAUAGGCGCUGAACAACAUAUUCAGUUUUCGGGAGUGCUGACAAGCGGAUAUCAUUCAUCGUGCGGGUUCCGGUGUUGGAGGUGGU